AUGUGGUUCGGCGGCUGGCUGCGCCUUGCCUCAUGCGGUUCCGACUUGAGUAGCUGCUGCAGCUCCGAGAAUGCAAACGAGGGCUUUGUUGAGACCAUCAAAGCACUUCCUGUCUGUGACGUCAAGGACAAUCAGAGGUUCUGGCUCGACUUACAGGGCUUCUGGUAUCGAGAAACAGACAAUCGCUGUGUUGGAGAGGUCUGUGAGAAUAGGCUGGUCUGGCAUGUGCAGUGGGACGUUUCGGAAACUGUUACGUCUCUGCAGGCAGUGACACAAGACACGGUCGUCUACAAGAGGGCGGGCCGCGUUAUUUCGGGUGUUGUUUGCUGGCAUGCCCAGCCAUCCAUUAGUUGGAAUGAUGGAGAGACUUGGUUGCGGAAGUGA